AUGAUACCGAAUAAUCCCACUAUUUCCCUCUCACAUACCUCAUAUACUCCUAUUCACUUGCCGUUCAUCAAACUUCCUGCCAAUUUGGUGCAAUACGUUCUCUCAGUUUUAAUACGGUUACAUGAAAAGUUGGGACCCAGAUGCUUCAAUUAUCCUUUAUUAGUUCGUUUUCUUCAGUUAGCAUCACACACCCAAACAUUCAACUGCUCAGCAGCUCAAAAAGAUAUUGGAUACACGCCGAUAGUCUCCCUUGAGGAAGGUGUCACCUUAACCAUAGAAUCAUUCGCUCAUUUAGCUAAAGAUUCAUCUUUUUCAAGAUGCUCUGGGUGUGUCGAUCGGUCAAAAGCAGAUAAGCUGCUUGGCUGUGGAAAAGUGGCUGACAUUUUGUUAUGGAGAGACGAGAAAGCAUCCUUCACAUAUUUCCUUGGGCUGUUUUCUUUGUUUUAUUGGUUUUUCCUUUCUGGAAGCAGUUUUAUAUCAUCUGGUGCAAGGCUUUUGCUGCUUGCCACUUUACUUCUAUGCGGACAUGGUUUUCUGCCAUCAAAGCUGUUUGGCCCCCCUACACAGAGGCUGCCUGCGUCUAAUUUUAAGAUCUCUAAUACGGUGGUGAAAGAUUCAGUUGCAAUUACAGUAUAUCUAUGGAACAAGGGGUUUCAAAAUAUAAAGGGACUGGCCCAUGGGGAUGAUUGGUCUAAAUUUUUCAAGGUUGUGGUUCUUAUUUACCUUCUGAAGUUGACCCUGUCAAAGUUCUUGACAACAUUGAUAGGCAUAGGUCUGGUCCUUGCAUUUAUGGUAUUCUUUGUUUAUGAGCAAUAUGAACCAGAAAUUGACGGGCUAGCAGGUCUUCUAACUACUAGUUUGAAGGAGUUCACGAUAUAUCUGAUGGCAAAUUUACCUCUUUCUGUAUCGCAACUUCUGCAUUAUGGUGACAACUUUCAGCGUUACCAAAAAGAGGUUUCAGCCUAG